AUGGCGGCGCUGUCGCGGCUUCUGAUCCGCGGGGGUCGCGUGGUCAACGACGACUUCUCGCAGGUGGCCGACGUGCUGGUGGAGGAUGGCGUGGUGCGGGCGCUCGGCCCAGACCUGUUGCCGCCCGGGGAUGCGCCCGCAGGGCUGCGGGUCCUCGACGCCCGCGGCAGGCUGGUCCUGCCCGGCGGCAUCGACACGCACACGCACAUGCAGUUCCCCUUCAUGGGCUCGCGGUCCAUCGACGACUUCCACCAGGGCACCAAGGCUGCUCUGGCAGGAGGCACCACGAUGAUCAUUGAUUUUGCCAUUCCUCAGAAAGGUGGCUCCCUUGUUGAGGCCUUCGAGACCUGGAGAGGCUGGGCUGACCCCAAAGUCUGCUGCGACUACAGCCUUCAUGUGGCAGUGACGUGGUGGAGUGACCAGGUUAAAAAAGAAAUGAAAAUUCUUACCCAAGAUAAAGGUGUUAACUCUUUCAAGAUGUUUAUGGCCUAUAAGGAUCUGUAUAUGGUGAGAGACAUCGAGCUCUAUGCAGCCUUCUCUUGGUGCAAGGAAAUUGGAGCGAUUGCUCAGGUCCAUGCAGAAAAUGGGGACUUGAUUGCAGAGGGGGCAAAGAAGAUGUUGGCAUUGGGGAUAACUGGGCCUGAGGGCCAUGAGCUGUGCCGCCCAGAAGCAGUGGAGGCAGAGGCCACGCUGAGAGCCAUCACCAUUGCCAGCGCAGUCAACUGCCCACUCUACAUCGUGCAUGUGAUGAGCAAGUCCGCAGCAAAGGUGAUAGCGGAUGCAAGGAGAGAUGGGAAGGUGGUCUAUGGAGAACCCAUAGCAGCAAGUCUCGGCACAGAUGGCACUCACUACUGGAAUAAAGAAUGGCACCAUGCAGCCCACCAUGUCAUGGGUCCACCCCUGCGGCCAGACCCCUCAACGCCUGAUUUCCUCAUGAAACUAUUGGCUAACGAUGACCUAACCACCACCGGGACUGACCACUGUACCUUCAACACCUGCCAGAAAGCUCUUGGGAAGGAUGAUUUUACUAAGAUCCCCAAUGGGGUGAAUGGUGUUGAGGACCGGAUGUCAGUAAUAUGGGAAAAAGGCGUGCACAGCGGUAAAAUGGAUGAAAACCGAUUUGUGGCAGUUACCAGCACAAAUGCAGCUAAAAUCUUUAAUCUCUAUCCAAGAAAAGGAAGAAUAGCUGUAGGAUCAGAUGCUGACAUUGUGAUUUGGGAUCCAAAAGCCACAAGGACCAUCUCUGCAAAAACCCAUCAUCAGGCUGUGAACUUCAACAUCUUUGAGGGCAUGGUUUGCCAUGGGGUGCCUCUUGUGACUAUCUCAAGAGGCAAAGUGGUGUAUGAAGCUGGAGUUUUCAAUGUCACAGCAGGAGAUGGGAAGUUUAUUCCUCGCAAACCAUUUGCUGAAUAUAUUUACAAACGAAUCAAGCAGAGAGACCAGACUUGCACACCUACCCCUGUGGAGCGCGCACCCUAUGAGGGAGAAGUCAUCACCCUGAAAUCCAAAGGGACAAAAGAAGAAUCCACAGAUGGGACCAGGAAACAGGCUCACGCCUGAGCUGAGUACUGUCAGGUAAGGGACGAGGACGGAAAAAAAGCGUUCCUGCUUGAUAGCGUAUGAGUUAGCAUUUCUUUCUUCAUACGCAUUUGAAUAGUCCAAGGCUAAAAGCUUCAAAGUGAGAUAGGCUGAAGGACAUUUGAGUCAAGGGAACACUGAUAAAAGACCUCAUGACACAGAAAGUUUAGAUGAGCCUCCCAGAUUCAGAAGAGUCUAACAAUUCAUUCUCUGAGAUGUAAGCAAAACAUUAACAGAGAAUCAAGCAUGAGCAAGAGGCAGUAGGCUGGCACCAUACAGAGGGACUUGUUAUUGAGGAAAAUUGGCAUUACUUAAAACAGGGAGUACAGUUUCAGGUCAGACAAUUUAUAAACUAUUUGAUUAGGACUUUAUCUGAAAACAAUGAAUCUUUGUUUUGUCAUUGCAAUUAUGUUCUAGAACUUUGGAUGAAUGAGAAAUGACUCACAUGUUUUCAGGAAAAUUAUUUGAUAA